CCAUCGUGGUUUCUUUUGGCUCCGCGCCGGCCCGCCCUCUUCUCGCUGAGCCCUUCGGGAGCCGUAGUCCCCCCGCUCGACCGGGAGGAAGUGGCGUGGGAGCUUCCUUCCCUCAGCGAAGCUCUUCGGGGCGACGGCGGAAGCGGCCGCCGCGCUCGGGCGGCGCGAUCCGGCUGGCGUGGCCGUUGGGCGGCACAAUGGCGCCCAAGGGGAAGGUGGGCACGAAGGGGAAGAAGCAGAUCUUCGAGGAGAACAAGGAGACCCUCCGGUUCUACUUGCGCAUCAUUCUGGGGGCCAAUGCUAUAUACAGCGUGGUGAACCUGGUCAUUUUCUACUCCUCAGCUUCCUUCUGGGCCUGGGUGGCACUGAUAUUCAGCUUGGUGGUGUAUGGGGCCAGUUACCGUUCCAUGAGUGCCAUGGCACGGGCAGCCUUUGCUGAUGAUGGGGCCCUGACAGAUAGUGGCAUUGACCUCAACAUGGAGCAGGGCAUGGCAGAGCACCUCAAGGAUGUGAUCUUGCUGACAGCCAUUGUCCAGGUGCUCAGCUGCUUCUCUCUCUACUUCUGGUACUUCUGGCUCCUGGCUCCAGGUCGGGCCCUCUAUCUCCUGUGGGUGAACAUCCUGGGCCCCUGGCUCAUGAGCGACUCAGCUCCAACAGCCCCAGAACCCAAUGAGAAGAAGCAGCGGCGGCAGGAACGGCGGCAGAUGAAACGCUUGUAGCCAAGGGCCCCAGGGCUUUCUCCACUAUUGAGGCCAAGAAGUGCCCCCCAGGCCAGAGGCCUCCCAAGCCGACUCUGUGUGGCUGGUGCCCCCUCUCCCCCCUACCGCCAAAGGCGUUUGGAGCUGGCCCGUUGGUCAAGGAUGGUUUAGCGAGAGGCUGGCUGGGGCUGUGGAUGCAAUGUUAUUAAAGAGUUGAGGCUGGGA